AUGGAGCCGACCGAGCUUCACGAGCUCGGCACGGAGAUUCUUGCCGCGUUCUCGGAGCUGAGCGGCAUCCAGGACAUUGCCAGCCAUUCAGUCGAGAAGAGGUUGAUCUCGGAGGAACAGCGCUUCAGGCUCUGGGCUCACAGCUUCGGGCUGCACAAUCAGGGCCACUCGUCCCUGGACUACCGCGUGCGAGAUGCCGUGGUAGUGAAGUCACGCCUGGCCGAUGUUCUCGCCGAGCUGAAAGAACACUUAGAGAAUCUUGUAUCGGUCCAUCGUGGAGAGCGCCAGCCAUUUGAGAUUGCCGCCGCUGCAGCUGCGGAUCCAGAUGAUGGAGCCUCCGAUCGCGACAGCGACGCGGGGUCGACGGCCACGACGUCGACGUCGCCCUCUCUUUCUAGCGGCGAGACGUCGGUCCACGAGACGGACUUCCGCAUGGAAAGCGUGGCAGAAACUUUGGAUGCCCUCUACAGCCUGGCCACCAAGAUCAAGAACCCGAGGAAUCGCCCGCAACGUGCCGUUGACGAGCUGUAUAAGCGCGUUCCAGCCCACGUGCGCAAAGAAUUCAUCCAGGAGCGUGAAGAGGCCGCCAUAGCCAUAAUUUGUCAUGUACAGCGACAACAACUGUUGGAGGGCUUGCAGCACGGGGAGCUGAAGGCUUCCGGCAUGAGCCAUGACGAGAUCCUGGAGCAGUAUGCCUCGCCGUCGAACUGGUUGGUUCGCCGGGCCGGCAUUGCGAACGCCAGGCGGAAACAGCAGUUUGUGUAUUGGAGAGAGCAUGCCGAGAGGAUCAGCCGGGGGGCGGCCGGCAAUGCAUCACCUCCUCAACCUGACGAAAGACAACACAACGAUGCUUCAGCCGCCGACAACAAGCAGCCAUUCCAGACACGGUCUGAACAGGGAGGACACGUGCCGUUACAGCCGGGCUUGGGAAGAUCACUCGCGACAUCCGCAACGAGGUUGGACGAGACUUUUGUCAAGCUGGACGAUCUGAAGUCCGUCAUCUCGCACCAGAGCCGCGUCUCGACAGUGAUGAAUCUCCGCGGUGAGAAGUUGGAGUGGCCGCCUCCGCCCGUUCAGACCGCCAGCAGCAGGUUCUUCACCUGUCCGUACUGCAAGAUCAUCUGCCCCCACAAGUACCUCGACAAGGAGGCCUGGUGCGUGCACCUAAUCCAUGAUUUGCAGCCUUACCAUUGCACCUUCGAGCGUUGCCAUGACUCGAAUCGUAUAUACGGGACCCGUCAGGAGUGGCUUGAGCACGAAAGCCUCCAUACGAGAGUUUGGCACUGCGCUAUUCACGGCGAGGAGUUUGACACGCAGCCAGAGUAUACCGCGCAUCUCCAUGAGAAACAUCCGGAGCAGAAGUCGGAUUACUUCUCUCCAGAGCUGAUCGCUGCUGUCGUUGGCCCAUCGCUGCGUCUUCAUCGAGACUGUCCUUUCUGUCCGACUGCCUUCUCUGAAGCGAGCGCGUUACAGAAACACGUCACGUUCCAUCUCGAACGGCUGGCCCUUCUUGCCCUCCCAGCGGAUGACGAGGAUGAAAUCGACAAGUCCGAGAAGCCUUCGGACAGCCACGAGGGUCAACUUCGAGGACGGGUCGGGUCUAUCGAAGGUGACUUCACGGGCGAAGAGCAGCUCCUUUUUACAGACAUCUUCGGGUCGACUGCGUCGGACCAGCCCGGGCCAAAGAAAACAGUCAUGGCGGUUAUCCAAAAGGCCGUGAGUCAGCGAGAAGAGCAAACGUUCUUGUCGCAGUGGCUAGCAGAUUCUGAAGGCGCUGAUGCGGAUCCGUUCCAGCCGACGGGUGAGCCUCGUCCCACGGAUUCCAAACCGCAGGAUGAACCAUCUCCGCAUUAUCCAUACGGGCCGGACUUUGUAGGCUCAGGCGAAGUUCCCAGUCAGCUCAUCCAUUCGACCCCAGAAUCCUACUCGUACCUAUAUGCACCUGUUGAGGAGCACUUCCCGGACCUGCCGUGGAGGAGCAGGGCAGAAAACUUCAACCGCCGCCCCGGGUUGUCGCUUAUCAGACAGUACCCCGAGGAAGAGAGGGGCAAGUGA